AUGUCGGUUUCGGAGGAAUUGAUCCAACUGUUGGAAAAUGUCGUUCCGGAUUGUCGGAAGCAACUAAGAGACAGCCACACGAACUUGGAGAAGGUGGCUCUCUAUUGCGAGGGAAAUUAUUUACAGGCAGCAGACAAAAGACAGGCCCUGGAAGAAACAAAAAACUACACAACACAAUCAUUAGCUAGCGUUGCAUAUCAAAUCAACACAUUAGCCACAAACUUCCUCCGACUUUUAGAUUUACAAAUGGGACAAAUAACAGACAUGGAGUCAAGCAUCAACCAUUUGUCACAAAUAGUGAUGAUUCAUAAGGAGAAGGUGGCCAGGCGAGAGAUAGGAGAGUUGACAGCCAACAAGUCCGUGACUCGACCGGUGGGAGUGAAGAAUCCCGGUAUCAUAUUUCCAGAACAGCAAGAGCGACCUGUGAAGUACGUUCGCAAGCCCAUCGACUACUCCAUACUCGAUAAUGUUGGACAUGGGGCUAAAGUAAGUCUCCUCUUUUUUGUAUGUAGUAUUUUUAAUGAUACAACAAUUUUUAUUGUGAGACUCUUUUUGGAAAGUCUUUUAAAUUACAGUUGUGUUUUGUCAUUUCAUCAAUUUUUUAUUAUUUACAUCAUAAUUAUCAUUUAUAAUUCUUUUGUGGAUCUAAUGUUUGUAGAACUGUUUGGAGAUGACUCCCUUAUUUUGCAUCGUACAACAGUCACCUACCUAUUUAUUCAGUGGCAGAUUAUUAUUUGA